AUGGCAGCAAAUGGUGAAUCAAACCCCAUCGCCGCUGGUAUUAUUGGAAGUUGUCGGUACAAUGAUUCUCUGCACAUCAUUUCCAUUAAGAAUGAUUCGACUUUAAAGGAGAUCUAUGAAUCUAUCUUAAUGAAGUGGAACGAUAUACAUCCCGACAAAUUGGUGCUCCAAUACUUGGCUCCCCGUGAAAGAAUGUUCGUCACACUGACUUCUGACGAAGACGUGGUGAAUAUGGUUACAUUGCAUUUGGUAAUGCACAUGAGUGUGGUCGACAUUAUGGUGAGCCGCACUGAUGAACUUGAUGGGCGUAGAAGGAGGACCCCCAGCAACGGUUGUGGUGAUGCUACUCUUCGUACAAGGGGUCAUCCCAAAGCCGAUGCUACGUGGAUUUCGCAACUUAUGAAACAAAAAUUGAGAGAUGAGCCAGGUUACAAACCAAUUGCUAUUUUGAAUGAGGUCCAAAGAAAGUAUGGUGUGGAGCUUAAGUACUAUACGGCGUGGAGAGGUAAGGAAAAAGCAAUGUAUGACAUUCAUGGGGAUGAGUCGAGCUGUUAUGAUAAACUGAGACGUUAUUGUCGUGCACUAAAACAGAAUAACCCUGGUAGUUGUGCCGAUUAUGAGAUUGACCCUCAAACUCAAAAGUUUCUUCGGAUCUUUAUUAGUUUUGGAAAUUCUAUUUUGGGUUUCCACCGUGGGUGUAGGCAAAUGAUAUGUUUGGAUGAGACUCAUAUUAAAAAUAAGUACAAAGGUUGUUUACUUUCUGCUGUGUCCAAAGAUCCAAAUGAUGAGUUAUACACAUUGGCCUAUGCAAUUGUUGAUGCCGAGAAUGACAGGAAUUGGGAGUGGUUUUGUAAUAAGCUGAAAGAGAUUCUUGUUUAUCACAAUGGGGGUUUAUUGAAAAAUUACACAAUUUUCUCUGAUCGUCAUUCGGGGCUUAUUAAAGCCAUUCCACUGGUAUUUCCUGGUAGCAACCAUGCUUAUUGUUUGCGACAUUUGGAGGAUAACUUUAGAACAAAGGUUCUAAGAUCGUAUCCAUUGCACAACAAAGCAUAUUGGGUGAGUGUUCUACAUAAGGCUGCAAUUGCUCCUACUCGGCAAGAGUUUGAGGAACAUGUAUCUCAUAUAGUUCAAUCAAUGCCUCGUGCGGAAUCAUUUAUCCGAGACUCUGAUCCCAAUCGUUGGGCCAAUGCAUACUUUUCUGGGGAUAGAUGGGGAAUAAUGAACAGUAACCAAGUUGAAUGUUGGAAUGGUUGGGUUAAAGAUGAACGAUCUUUGCCAGUUCCAUCCAUGAUUGAUAUGAUACGAAUCAAAAUAAUGAAGAUGAUAGGUAAUCGACGAGAAGAUUCUUUAGUCAUGACUGGUACAGUGUGUCCAAGAGUUGAAAAGAGAUUAUUAAUCAACUAUACGGCCUCUCGCUUAUUAAAAUAUACCAGAUCCAGUGGUACGCGUUAUGAGGUGUAUGAAGAGGAUAAGUCGUAUGGUGUUGAUUUAGAGACUAGGACCUGUACUUGCAAAUCUUGGCAGUUGGAUAAACUUCCGUGCAAACAUGCAUGUGCAGGUAUUGAGUCGAAAGGAUAUUCGGUAUUUGAAUUUGUUGAUCCUUGCUUCCGGGUUGAUUUGUACAAAGAAGUAUACAAGUACACAAUUAAUCCAAUUCCUUCUUUUGAUGAGGACUUUGAUUUGUACAAUGCACAAACAAAUCAUGGCCCGGAAGAUAUAUUUAUUAAUCCACCUGCAUCGAAAGCUCUACCAGGCCGUAGAAGGACGAAAAGAAUUCCAUCGCAAGUCGAAACCCGUGCUACGAAGUGUGCACGGUGUGGUAAACCUGGACAUAAUCGUCGUACGUGCAAACAACCAGUCCCGUAG